ACACGAUUUGCGUACACAAAUUUACGGUUGGUAGUAUUGUACGAUGAUUUUAUGUCGGUUGGCAUUUUGGAAUGCCACGUCGGAGAUCAGUUCCGAGACCGCCACCGGGCUGCGCCAUCGGGAUGUGCCGCAUCGGGAUGCGCCUAUGCCUGCGUCACGUAUCAUUGCACGAGAGUUGUCCAACUAUCAGUAACUAUUAUAGACUCAUUUCUUUCACCUUCGUUUGAUCUUGUCAGUAUUUUCAAAAUAACAAUAAAGAAUGGCUGACAACGAAACAGCAAAUACUCCAACGUCAGGUGUACAGCCUGUUGUUUCUUUGAAAAUUAUAUUAAAAGUACGCACACCAGAUGGAAUGUUUAUGCACUUCAAAAUUGCAAGGGCUACUCCACUUGGGAAAUUAAUGCAGAAAUAUUGUGAAAGAUAUAUUUUAGAGUUGACGAAUGUCAUAUUCCGAUUCAAUGGAAGAAGAGUUGCUACCACUGAUACUGCAGCAUCGCUACACAUAGAAGAUGGUGACAGUCUUGAUGCUUUUCACUCUACAAAAUAACUACCUAUUUAAUUAUAUAUCUAAUUCUAAAUAUAAGGUGUAUUAAAUAUAUUUUGGAUAAAAUAUAUAAUGAAUACUUUAUAAGUCAACGUUUUUAUUCUUACUAUUAUUAUUAUUUCCAUAUUUCUCUAGCUGAACAAGAAUGUUUUGAUUUCAUCAAUAAGGUUUUUUGGUUAAUAUUAUUAUUUUAAAUGAUUCAUUCAAUUGUGUAUAUUCUGCUAUCAUUAUUGGUGUUA